CACAUUGUGUGCUCGAGCGGGGCAGAAAAGCCCGGCUGUGCGCGCGCGGGGUUCGCGCUAGUCGGUCUAAGCAGCUGCACGCUCCCCCCCCCGCCCCCCGCCCCGCGCGCCGGACUGUAAGGGUUGGCGUGCGGCGGUAAUGGCUGCCAGGGAAAGUGACAGACAACCAAUGAAAGCUUGAUCGGAGAACAAAAAGUGAGGAAUAGGAUGGUAAGCAGCCAGCCGAAGUACGAGCUAAUCCAGGAGGUGGGGCGCGGCAGCUACGGCGUUGUCUAUGAGGCGGUGGUAAAGCGCACAGGCGUCCGUGUGGCUGUGAAGAAGAUCCGUUGCCACUCCCCGGAAAAUGUGGAGCUUGCCCUGAGAGAGUUCUGGGCUCUGAGCAGCAUCCAGAGCCAGCACCCCAAUGUCAUUCACUUAGAGGAGUGUGUGCUGCAGCGGGACGAGCUUGCCCAGAGGAUGAGCCAUGGCUCCAGCUCCCCACUGUACCUGGAGCUGGUGGAGACUUCUCUGAAGGGCGAGAUCACGUUUGACCCCUGCUGUGCCUACUACUUGUGGUUUGUCAUGGACUUCUGUGAUGGGGGCGACAUGAAUGCCUACCUUUUGUCUCGUAAGCCCAGCCGUAAGACCAACACCAGCUUCAUGCUACAGCUAGGCAGUGCCCUGGCCUUCUUGCAUCGGAACCAGAUCAUACAUCGAGACCUCAAACCAGAUAACAUUCUCAUCUCACAGGGCUGCACGCCAGCUGGCUCACCUGAACCUACUCUCAAGGUGGCCGACUUUGGCCUGAGCAAAGUCUGCUCCACUUCAGGGCUGAACCCUGAGGAGCCCGCCAGCGUCAACAAGUGCUUCCUGUCCACAGCUUGUGGCACAGACUUCUACAUGGCUCCUGAGGUGUGGGAGGGCCACUACACGGCCAAGGCAGAUAUCUUUGCCCUGGGGGUAAUUAUCUGGGCCAUGGUGGAGCGCAUCACCUUCGUAGAUGUGGAGACUCAGAAGGAGUUACUAGGGAGCUAUGUGCAGCAAGGCUCAGAGAUAGUGCCCUUAGGGGAGGCUCUCUUGGAGAACCCCAAGAUGGAGUUGCUGAUCCCUGCCAGGAAAAAGAGCAUGAACACCCACAUGAAGCAGCUGAUCAGGGAAAUGUUGUCUGCCAACCCUCAGGAGCGGCCUGACGCCUUUGAACUAGAGCUCAGAUUGGUCCGUAUAGCCUGUAGAGAGCUUGACUGGGACACGUGAUGCAUGACCAAAGAGCACCAUUGACUCAGCCAGACAAGCACAUACACGUCUUAUAUGCCACUGUUUACCUCGGUGGGAACGCAAUGGUGUUUUUUUUUUUUUUAACAAGGGAACAACAAUUAGAAGUAGUCCAUCUUUUGUAACAUAACUUCAACAAUGUCCACCAGCCCUCAAAAGUAUUCCCUGAAAAGGUUGUUCAUCACUAUCCACCAGAGUGCCCAUGCACAUGUAUGCUUGCUGUAUGUCAGUACUGAGGGAAGCUGUUUUCUGACACCCAGUGCUGUUGGUGGACUCUGCAGCUUUUUCUCAGGCUCAUCAAAGCUUCCGCUUCCCACUCACAGAGAGGAAAGAGGAAGCUGAAGCAUGCUGGUAGAGCAAAAUGACCCCAAAAUUCCAACAGACAAUCCAAUUUGAAACAUGAUCGAGCAGACAAAGUAGGUUAACGCUCUUGUUUGAUGUCACUGUGUCUUCAAUGAUGUUUGUUUACGGGCGUCUGGGUAGCAUAGCGGUCUAUUCCGUUGCCUACCAACACAGGGCUCGUCUGUUUGAAUCCCCGUGUUACAUCCGGCUUGGUCGGGCGUCCCUACAGACACAAUUGCUUGUGUCUGAGUGUGGGAAGCCGGAUGUGGGUAUGCGUCCUGGUCGCUGCGCUAGCGCCUCCUAUGGUCGGUCAGGGCGUUCAGUGGGGAGGGGGAACUGGUGGGAAUAGCGUGAUCCUCCCACGCGCUACGUCCCCCUGGCGAAACUCCUCACUGUCAGGUGAAAAGAAGCAGCUGGCGACUCCACGUGUAUUGGAGGAGGUGCGUGGUAGUCUGCAGCCCUCCCCGGAUCGGCAGAGGGGUUGGAGCAGCGACCGGGACAGAUUGGAAAAUAGGGUAAUUGGCCAAGUACAAUUGAGGAGAAAAGGGAAAGGGGGAAUCCCCCCCCCCAAAAAAAGGAUGUUUGUCUACAAAUUACAUCGUAGAAUUGGUGCUAUUUGAAUUUCCAAUGCAAUAUGAGACGAUGUCCUGUGAUCAUCAUGAUAUAGGCAGAUUUACUACAAGGGCCGGUAUAAACAUACACACCUCACUGCAGGAUGUUUUGAAGACUUGUGUUCACACAACAUGGGGCAACGCUGUGCAGCCUGAUUCGAAACCAGUCACACACUGGUCUGUUACCACCAGGGCACUAGCAUCAUUCACAACUCGUCAUGUGGUCACCUUAUUGGACACAUAUGCCAGCUAUAGAUAUCAGCAUUAUUUUUUAUGAAGGCUUUUUAUUUAAGGAUAUAUCAGUAUUAUCAGCUGCAACAGGCAAUGCUUUGGCAUAUUAUAAACAUGCCCUUAAUGCUCAGGUAGAACAAUAAAAUCAUUGCAUGAUAGAAUUUGUACACAAACAUCUGCUUUUUGAAGCAAGACUUUGCUCAGCAGCCCAGGGUCUGUGAACUCUUUGGUGGGAAAAAUGCUAAACUGGUGGUGGUAGAUAAGCUUUUCUGAGGGCUACUCCUUUGGGUUCUAUGGGUGUGGACCGGUUAUCGACGAGUGUCCAGUGAGCCAGUGCUUGUGGUUGUUUUGUUUUUGUUUUGUUUUUUCCGCCCAGUUCAGGCUCCAAGCCAACAUCAUUGGAAUUAAGCUGGUGGAAGGAGAGGUCUUAGUUGCAGACUCGAGACACACCCCAACAAGUUUACUAGAAUGUCUUAACAAUUGGCCUUAAGUCAGCGAGUUUAAGGAAUGAGCUUUUUUUUCCUGGAGGUUUGCAAUCAUGUCCCCAAUUCACAAAAAAAGACAACAAACCGCGUACGCUUACCAUGCAGAGAACUCCCUGUGUUGCCUAAAUGUUGUUUUUUUUGCUGAAGAGUGUGCUGCUGGUAUUGUAAUGAGAGCUGUGACCGAGACCUGCGUGAGUGAAGGGGUGGGAAUAAGACUUCACUGAAACUAACUGAAUGCACUUUUUUUUUUAAUGUUUUUACCUUCAUAACUAUCCACCCCAUCAUCAUAGCAAGAAGCUUUGCAGGGCUGUAUUUGGAGCGAUAACAGCAAUCGGCAUUUGUUUACCAGGAGGACGCGCUGUCAACCAACAGUCUACUUAUGCAUGCAAUGCUCUCUCACCUUCAGGGAAAGAGAGAGGACACCAGCACACCCAAUCCUCUGAGCUGGAGGAUCUCUGGGUUUUUUUGAGACAUGAUAUUGUUGUGUUUAACCUGAUCUCUUCUCACUGUGUCAGUGCUCCCCGUUUCCCUCGGCUCUGGAUCUUACCAGUAAUCCCUUUCUCCAUGCUUCCAACUGACUAAUUCUAAGCCUAUUAAGUUGUUGCAGUACUUGGCAGAGGAUCAUGCUGGGAGGACCCCCCCCCUUUUUUUUUCCAUUUCAGGUCAUAAUUUGUGCACCUUUUACAGAUUUUGCAUGAACCUGUAAAAAUAUUCUUCUGAAGCCCUUAGCUUAAAUGGUAAAUGUACUGCAUUUAUACAACGCUUUCUCUAGUCUGCCGACCACUCAAAGCGCUUUGCCUCACAUUCACCCAUUCAAGUCAAGUCCAUUUUGUUUGUAUAGCCCAGUAUCACAAAUUACACAUUUUCCUCAAGGGGGAUUUACGGCAAACUGAUGGUGGAAGCUGCCGUGCAAGGUGCCAACCUGCUCAUCAGGAGCAGUUAAGGCAGUGUUUCUCAACCCAGUCCUCAAG